AUGAUUAUUAAAACGUUAGAUAUUUUCCCAGUGUCUCUCCCAUUGGUGCAGAUAGCAGGAGGGCACUGCUACCUGCUCGGGUUGACCUGCGCCAACGAGCCUCACGGCAGCCUCACGGCAGGUCAGGCUAGUGCUCAGUUCAGUGCUGUGGUGAGCGUGAGACCAGUGGUGCAGAUAGCAGGAGGACACUGUUACCUGCUCGGGUUGACUUGCGCCAAGGAGCCCCACGGCAGGUCUGUCUGGUCCAUUGGCUGUGGUCUGGGCGGCAAGCUAGGCCACGGCACAAACAAGGAUGACUCGCACGGUUCACGUCGCAAGCUCCGUCCGGCUGUGAAAGCAUGCCACGUGGCAGCAGGGGAUUACACGACGUUUGUGGUGGGGGAGGGCGGCGAGGUGUGGUCGUUUGGGAGCGCGGAGAGCGCGUGUUUGGGGCAUGGGGGCGGGUGGGAGAGGGAGGAAGAGGAGGAAGGCGAAGAGAUCGAUGAUGUUGAUCUGCACGUUAUCGUGGUGAGUAGUGUGGUGGGUGUAGGGUCAUGGGUCAUGGCUGCGGCAGCACCGGAGGCGCAACCGGGAUGUGAUGCAGCCCAGGCGGAUGUCUCUGAGCUGCUCAUUCCCCUGCUUCUCUUACCCCUCCUGCAUUCCCUCUCCCUUACACUGCCCACUUCCCCCACAUCCUCCCAGCUGCGGCAGCACCGGAGGCGCAACCGGGAUGUGAUGCAGCCCAGGCGGGUGUCUCUGCUGGAGGAGCGAGCUACCCGCUUCUCUUACCCCUCUUGCUCUUCCCUCUCCCUUACACUGCCCACUCCCCCCACAUUCUCCCAGCUGCGGCAGCACCGGAGGCGCAACCGGGAUGUGAUGCAGCCCAGGCGGGUGUCUCUACUGGAGGAGCGAGCUGCCCACCCCCCGGCUCCUCUUCCCACUGCCCCGGCUCCUCUUCCCACUGCCCCGGCUCCUGCUCCUGCUGCUCCUGCUGCUCCUGCCGCUCCUGCUGCUCCUGCUGCUCCUGCCGCUCCUGCCGCUCCUGCUGCUCCUGCUGCUCCUGUGCAAGGGCGGGUGUGA